UAGAGAGACUGCAAGAAGAAAGAAGGCUCAGUCUUUGUCUUGCAGCUACUUUAUUGACUCUUCUCUGCAAAGAGAAAUUUCUUUGGAAUACAGCACUCCUAAAACAACAACUGGAAGACAUUCGGCUUCCAAGAUGAACGCAUCAGCAGCAGAACAAGGAAACAAGGCUGCUCCUCCUAAAUUCAAAAAGAAGGAAACCAGACAGUUUAAGAGCAAGGCUCCCAAAGCUGGGCAGAAGGGGUUUGACAAUGAUGUUCCAGGGAUGGAGGGACUUGGGGACUCUGCAGUCAUCUGUCCCUGGGAGGCAUUUGGUGACAUGGAACUAAGUGACCUGGCUCAGUUCGGCAUUGUCUAGAAUCACAAAACUGCCCUCGACGACUGGCCGACUCGAGUAUAUCCAUAAAAGCAGCAGUACUGAACAGUGAAUUCAUAUCUGUGGGAGAAAUAUGUGAAGCUGAGAUUCACACAGAGGUUUUCUUGUCACCACCCGCCAAAUUGGAUUUGUACUGCAUCUGUGUAUUUUCUGGAAAAAAGUUCUCCACUUUCUGCUAUUCAAAUGUUACAUCUCUAUCUACAGUUUAUCUAUCUUGCAAAUGUGCUUUUCAGUAGUUUUAAUAAAUGAACAGAACAUCCCUCCAGACAAAAAUUCUAUAUAUACAAAUGGGCAUUUAGAGAAACCAAUUUUUAUUUUUGCAAAUGCUAUUUUGACAUUCCGGAAAUUAUGUCAUUUACAACACAAACAGCAAAACCUUUUGGGAACACUAUCAGACAAGAAAGUAUUUGUUAGUACUGGAAACUAUAGUUUCUUUUUCAUUUUCCCCUUAAAAUAAGAUUGUGGAGAUUACAAGUACCUGGUAACUAGCAAACAAGCCUUGCUUACCAGGAAAAACACUUGUAUCAAUAAGGAUUGUACAUUUAAAUUAAAGAAGUAUCAAACCACUGG